AUGAUGGACGAAGAGUUAAACAUAAAGUUGUUUAAUACUUUGGUAUAUUUGUUAGAGAGAUGCGCUAGCCUUGAUAAGCAGUUACCUUCACAAUCAUUCUUUGAUGAUGUUGUUAAGACAGUUGAGGAAGCACGCAGAUCAAACUUUAAGGCAACCAAUAUUGCCUUUGACUUGUUACCUCAGGUACUCAAUAUUGCCAACCUAUUUAAAUAUGGAUGGGCUAUAGAUAUUUGGUCCUUGUUGCCAGUGGCCAUCUCAGAACUUGGUAUGGGAGUGAUCACUGUCAAGUCAUUCAUUAGUCAUCUUUUACAACGCCAGCAACGAGGCGAUGUCAACAUCAAUUUGUUUGACUUCACCCAGGUCUGUCUUCGCAUGCCCCUCGUCUUCCCAAACUUGGGGCUCACUUUUCUGUUUCACCGAGACUUCCUCAAUGCACUCGUCGAUACUCUCGACGUUGACCAGAUGGACGCCCUUUUGCCACACUACAUUUCACUGCUCAUCAAACGUCUUGAUGAUGGAACUGAGUUCUACUCCAACUUAGUUGGGAUAUAUGGCACAGAACUCUUGGAGGAACCGCUGGACAAAUGGUUCUUGGAAUUACCUCCCGAUGAAUGUACUCCUGGAAGAUUAUUCUAUCUCGUAUAUAUGAGCAACAAAUCAUCAUCAAAAUUACUCAGCAAGAACAAACAAGAGGUAUUCGAGUAG